AUGUCUCCCUGGACUGACUCGCCCAUGUUCGCUUCACAAAGUAGUCUUGCUAUCGCGACCGUCUUCGUUGCCUUUAUCGUAUGGCGCCUCAUCGUGGUAGUCAUAUCAUGGCACUGGUUGAGGAAGUUUCCCGGGCCCAGCCUGGCGUCCUUCUCGUAUCUCUGGGGAUACUUCGCCAUGAGGUCCGGCCGUAUGCACCAUAUCCUCGCCGAAGAGCAGGGCAAGUACGGGAAGAUCAUGCGCAUAGGCCCCAACGAGCUGCUCGUAUACGACCCGCAGACCUUGUGGCAUAUAAACAAUGUCCGCUCGGAGUAUGGCCGCGGUGACUGGUACGCGAGCAUCCAGUUCGACCCCUACGGGCACAGCGUCCUGUCCGAGCCGGAUACCGCCAAGCACGACAAGAGGAAGGCCCAGAUCGGGUCUGGUUACGCGGGCAAGGGGGCCGUGAACCUGGAGCAGAAAGUCGACUCGCAGAUCGCAGUUCUCGUGGACGUGCUCAGGAAGAACUGCGCCGGUACGGACGGCCGGACGAGCAUCGUCGACUUUGGCCGACUUAUCCGGUUCUUCCAAGUCGACCUCGUCACGCUCGUGGGCUCGGGCGAGCCGUGGGGCGACCUCGUCAGCGAGACGGAUCACUUCGACUUCAUCUCCAUCGCGGAUAACGUCGUCCCCUUCCUGCACUCCUUCAUGAUGAUCCCGCUCUUCCGCGACUUCUUCGCGUCGACCUUCUUCCUCAGCAUAGCGGGCCCCAAGCCAACCGACGAGAAGGGGAUGGGGAGGUUUCUAGGAAUUAUCAAGGGGAUCGUAGAGAAGCGCUUCAGCGAGAGUACGCACCGAGAGACUGCUGAAGGGUGCAUGCUCGAUGAGUGGAUCAAACACGGGCUGACGCGCCGGGAAUGCGAGCUGGAACUCGCCGUCCAAGUGCCCGCAGGGUCCGAGACGUCGACCACGGCGAUCCGAGGCGUACUACUACAUCUGUUCACCGCGCCGGCUAUCUACCGGAGACUACAGGAGGAGAUCUCGGCGGGCAUCCGCGAGGGGCGCAUCUCGAGCCCGAUCACGAACGAGGAAGCCAAGAGGCUGCCGUAUUUGCAGGCGGUGAUACACGAGGGCAUCCGGAUGGUGCCGCCGGCGAUUACGGGGUUCCCGAAGAAGGUGCCGGCGGGCGGCGACACGGUGUGCGGCGCGUUCGUGCCGGCGGGCACGGGCGUCUUCGUCAACCUCUGGAGCCUGCUGCGCGACCGCGAGGCGUUCGGCGCCGACGCCGACGUGUUCCGGCCCGAGCGCUUCCUCGAGGGCGAUGCCGCCGCGCGCGCCCGCCUCCUCCGCCACGUCGACCUCGCCUUCGGCCACGGCCGCUGGAUGUGCCCCGGGAAGACGCUCGCCUGGCUCGAGCUCAACAAGAUCUUUGUCGAGCUCCUGCGCAACUUCGACUUCCAAGUCGCCAACCCAGAGUCCCCCUGGCGGUGCCGGGGCUACUCGAGCUUUCUCAUCGACGACUUCUGGGUGCAGGUGGCGGAGCGGAGGUGACGAGCCGACACGACGAUCGUAUGCUACGGGGCGUCGCAGCCCCCAACUCAACCCUGAGUUCGAGGUGCCUACUACUGACCGAAGGGCCGCGGUGAUGGGUUUCGUUGUGAUGGUGAGGG